AGGGAGGGAGAGAGAGAAUAAUUGUACGCUUGAGAAUUAAAAAUAAAAUCCUGGAAUAAAGAGGCAUAAACUACAGUUUGGUGCGCCCAACAUCGACUUUUAUUUCCACAUGUCGAUAUUAAUCAUUGUUAUUGUUAAUUCCAUCAAGUCGUAUUGUUAACAACAAAUACUAUAUCCGCAGAAUUUCCCAAAACAUCUCCCUCUUCAAACAAUAAGACACUCCAAUUAAGUAACACUUAGUGGGUGUUGGUUAAUCAACAGCAAUAACAACAGCAAUAACAAGUGUCAUCCACAUUUUUUAUUCUUUUUUUAUAUAUAUAUUUAAAAUUAAUUUUUGUUUUUCUAAUUUCCUGGUUGCUGGUAUUUAGUUAUUCAAGUCUAAAUGAGCACAUAUUUCUCUCAUACUUGUGGCGCUCGGAUAUCCUGAAGUAAGAAUCUAUCAAAGCCGAUGAUGUGAUAUUUUGUGGACACCUUGUUUUAUUAAUAAUGUGUAGUUAACAAUAUAUAAAAGUAACUUGUUAUCAAGCGGAACACACACAUAAUCAGAAAUAUAGUUGUUUUACGAUGGAGGCCUUGAAAGAAUUAAUCCAAACAAUAAAUGAAAUGAUUAUGUUGGGAAUAAACCCAGCUGAAGUAGCUAUAGCUGACAAGAAGUUACUGGCAGUAAUCAAAGAUCACAUGGAACACUCCGAGAAGAUCCAAGCCCUCUAUCUGGUGGAUGGUUCUUCUAUGUUGACAGCUUGCUCUAAUCUUGGACUGGAAGAGUGUCAGAAGUUUUUGCUGAAUAACAACAUUUUUAAUUCUUUCGAACUCAAUGGCAAGUGCAAAAUUCUGGUACAAGCUUGCAAGAAUAAUUUCAAGGAUGUUGUCAACCUACUUUUCCAUAAGGGAGUCAUGUUAUCUAAGCAGAGUAUUUGCUCAGAAGAUUCUUGUUUCUACCAGGCUACAAUCAAUGGUCAUGUAAAUAUCUUGAAACAACUCAUUAAGUUUGACCAUGAUACAUUAUGUAAUAAAAGUGUACAGAAAACCCUACUUUUAGCUGCUUGUAUUGGAGGUCAUUUAGAAGCUGUGAAAUUCUGGUCAGUGUUUUAUAAACUACCAACUUCACAACAGACAUCCACCACUUCAGAGUCUUCUAGUGUCACUGUUAACCAAAAUGAAAUGGACCCACUUUAUAUAGCAUGUAAAGAAAAACAUGGCAAGGUUGUGAAAUAUUUGGCUGAAAAUGGUUACACAUUAACUGAGAUGAUUUGUCAUCAGUUUCCUGAGAUGAUUGCUGAAACAUUUCUUCAAGAGCAUAUUAACAGAGAAGCAACGGAGACCUCAAUAACCUGGAAGAAUAUUGGUCUACCACUGCUGAAGAACAACUGGUUUAGGGAUGAUUUACAAAAUAUCACAUACUUAAAUGUAUCUUGUAAUAAAUUACACACACUACCAAGUUCAGUGCCAUGGGGAAUGAAGAAUCUGGUUGCUCUUAAUGUUUCCCACAAUUACCUUGAUGUAUUUCCUUCAACAACAGACAAUAUUGGUUGUCAAAAGCUUGAAGAAAUAAACUUGUCACACAACCAUUUGAAAUUCUUAUGUUGUAAUAUAUUUGAACUGCCACAUCUUCAGACAUUGAAUGUCUCAAAUAAUCAACUUGUGUUUGUUACAGCCAAUGAAAAUGAAAAAACAAUGUAUGAAGAUAUAUCUUGGAGCUGUGGCAACCUUCAGUAUUUGGAUCUGUCACACAAUACACUGCAGCGGUUCCCUUUGAUGUUGUACCAUUGUACAAGUUUGGUAUCUCUUGAUUGUGAACACAAUCAGCUCAUUGACAUGUUGUUACCUUGGUCUUGUCCUCUGAAUUCACUGAAUUUGAGCCAUAAUUUAUUGACUGAAUUGCCAAACAGUUUGGAGCAUUUCUGGGGGACAUCUUUGGAAUACAUCAAUUUAAGCAACAACCUGUUUGUAGAGAUUAAUGAAAGUAUCAUACGUAUCCAAUCCCUUUUGGAACUGCAGGCGGCUAACAACAGGAUUUGUUCCUUACCAAACUCUCGACUCUGGAGCUGUCAUGAACUGAAAAAGCUAGAACUUGGAAAUAACUUAUUAGGGCAAAUUGAUGAGAGAUCAAUGGAAAGAAGUUUAACGGUGUUCAAAAGAAGAACUUCAAAAGGUGCCCCCCUACCUGAAGAAGUUGAAUUCCCUUUAUUCCUUUCUCAUUGUCUUAUUGAACUUCAUCUAGAGCAUAAUCAACUUGAUGCUGUUCCUCCAUCUGUCUGUCACUUGACUGGAUUGAAGUUAUUGAACCUCAGUGGGUGAGUAACCAUCUGUGAG